AUGUCCUUGUGCGCGGGUCUUGGCAGCAACAGGAAGCGCAGCAGGAACAAACAUCAGAAACGAUCCAACCUGGUGAGCAAAAUCUUGGAGGGGCGUGCCCGGCUUGAGACUGGCAGGCCGCCGCCGCUGCGCGGCCCGCCGCUGCCGCCGCCGGCGCGGGCGCGCCCCGGCCGGGCGGCGCGCCCGCGGGGGUCCGCGAGGAACGGCUGCCGCGCGGAGGCCCGCGGCGGCCGCUCGGCGGCGGCGGCGGCGGCGCGCCCGGGCGGCGCCGGCGGGGCGCCCGUGGCGGCGGGCGGCAUCGGUCGGCUGCGCGACGAGCGCCCGGUGGCGCGGAGCCCCGCGCUGGGCACGGAGGGCGCCGCGUGGCCGCCCGAGGUGGCCUUCGGCGGCGGGGCGCGCGCCGUGGACGGCCACGGGCGCUCGGCCGCCCGGGCCUCCCUGUUCCGGCGUGCCCCUCCGGAGGAGCUCGUGGAGAUCCACGAGCAGGAGAUCGCGAGGCGCCGUGGCGUCGCGGUCGGAGGAGCGGCCGCGGCUGGCAGCGACGGCGAGGCAGGCCGUGGCGGAGGAGGCGAGCGGCACGCGCCUGGCGCACCUGGUGGCGGGGGCGAGGCAGGCGCUGCUGGAGCAGAGGGAGACUGGGAGGAAGGCCAGCUGGACGAGGCGGCGCGCCUCGGCCUUCUCGCAGCCCUCGGCAGCCCCCAGUGUUCGCCGCUGCCGCGCUGCUACUGGUGCGGCGCGGCGCUGGUGAGCCUGCAGUGCCUGCUGGCGGCCCUGAGGCAGCUCGGCGCCGCCGUGCUGCAGCUGGAGGGCGCGGGGGUCUCGGUCUCCCCGGGCGCGGCGGUCGCGGCGGCCGCGCGCGCCGCGGCGGCCGGGGCGCGGCUGGAGCUGGACCCGCGGCUGGCGGCCCUCGCGGCGCGGCUACUGCCAGAGGCCCCUUGGGGCCCGCGGGCAGGAGACGCGGCAGCGGCGGCGGCCGAGACGCGCUGACGGCAGCAGCUCCAGAAAGCGGUCCAUUCUCUGCCCCGUUGCCCGACGCGCGAAUAUCUCGAGCUGCAUUCGCGCGCUCGCGCCGCCAUUUUGCAGAAGGCCC